UCGAGGGUCUAACCAAUCGCCCCAACUCCGACAAGUCAAGUGCUAGGUUCUGAGCGCACACAAACACACACAUACACAUCGUGUCCAGGACCUCCGAGAGACUAGUUUAAGGGACGAGGCCUGAAAGAUUUUUAAGAUGAUGUUGGCGCUUGUGGGGAUGUUGCUCCUGCAGAUGGGAGCGGCAACGAGAGCAAUUCAUGACUACAACGUCUACCACCCCUAUACUGAGAUUGACAGCUGGAUGACCGGGAUUCUGAUUGACAACCCGGACAUCGUGUCUAUUGAGCGCUACGGCCAGACCUACGAGAAGAGAGACAUCAACUUGCUCAGGAUCGGGGAGAGGACAGGGGCGAUGAAGAAGGUCGCCUGGAUGGACUGCGGGAUCCAUGCCCGGGAGUGGAUCUCACCGGCCUUCUGCCAGUACUUCAUCAAACAGAUCCUGCAGGAGUACAGAGUCCACGGUAGCAGGAUGGCAGCGAUGAUGAAGGAGAUGGACUUUUACGUCACCCCUGUCCUGAACGUGGACGGAUACAUCUACUCCUGGCUCAACGGGACCCGUCUGUGGAGGAAGAACCGUUCUCCUGGAACCGGCAGCUGCAGCUGCUACGGCACUGACCUCAACCGCAACUUCAACGUCACCUGGGGCACGAUCGGCGUGUCGACCAACUGUUGCUCAGAGACGUACGGCGGCACGGCUGCCCUGUCGUCGCCCGAGGCGGCAAGUGUGACGCGCUACCUGGAGCAGAGGAAGGCAGACGUGCUCCUCUUCCUCACCAUCCACUCGUACGGCCAGCUCAUCCUGGUGCCUUACGGCAACCCCAACCUCACUGCGCCAAACUACGGCCAACUGAUGAAGGUGGGUCUGGCGGCGGCGGCGGAGAUGAAGAAGGUCCAUGGGAUGAGCUACAGGGUCGGGACCUCGCCCGACAUACUGUACCCUAACUCCGGAUCUUCCCGGGAUUGGGCCCGUCUUGCCGGCAUUCCCUACUCCUUCACCUUCGAACUCCGUGACAACGGGACUUUCGGCUUCGAACUCCCCGAGGAACAGAUCCAGCCAGCCUGCGAGGAGGCCUACUCCGGGGCAAUGCACAUCAUCAACCACGUCCACCGCGAGCAGUUCAACGCGGCAGUGUCAGUGGCUACAGCCUCCCUGUUGGGGGUGCUGUUGGCCACAUGCGUCACUGUAGCAAACAACGCUUUUUGAAAUUAUCACGAUUUGUAUUUUUUUUUUUUCACAAUUUGCUCUUGGUGGCUUGGUGAAAUUAUUUAGGAAUCAAAGUAUUUUUUUGUAAGAUAUUUCACGGUUAUAAAUAUUUUUGGUGGCUUGAUGAAAUUAUGAGGAUAUAUUAUAUUUUGAAAUAUUUUUUUAAUUUCCACGAUUUGUAAUAUUUUUAAUGUACAUCAGUUUUCACAUUUAAAUAGAUUUCACAGAAUUUCACAAUGAACACAAUUGACGCAACCACUACGUCCACCAACACGAGUUCAACGUGGCGGCAGUCAGUGGCCACCACCUCCCUCUGGGGGGCGCUGUUGGCCACCUGCGUGACUGUCGCAAACAAUGAACUCUGCGAAGGAGGGGAACGGGUUUGGGGUUUUGUGAGUGGAUUUAAAAUUAAAAUUAGUCUUUGGCGACUUGAUGAAAUGUAUGGAAGCAUAAAUGUAGCAAAAUUCAAAUGGCAAUGCAAUUUGCAAUUCAAUAAAUCAUUACAUUAUGCAAUUGAAAAUUCAUUAUGCAAUUUUAUAAUGUAAUUUGUAAAUACGUUAUUCAAAGUGUAUUUUAAUAUGCAAAGUGGCAAUGCAAUCCUCAAUUAAAUUUGCUAAAGUUGUAACAAUAAAAAUAGAAUAAC